CAGGCAUGUGGCAGUUGCGCUGCGGUCUCGUUUUAGUUUAUUAAUGGCAUUCGUCGAAUAAAGCGUGACGCCAGAAUGAAGAUGAGGGGGAUCGUCCAGGGCUCGUCAAAUGGUGCGAUAGGGUGCAAGAUGCUGCUGAUCUUUCUAAUGGUGACGAAGCCGAUACAUGGAUCUGCGCUGGGCAAUGUUCUACGGCCUGAGUCCGAGCCGGACCUAGAAGUUCUCACUUGCCCAGGCAAAUGCGUCUGUCAGUUGGAAGCAUUCAACGAGCUGCCCAUUGCUCGUUGGGUCAAUCACAUGGCCAGGGACUAUGGUGAUGAUAGCUUCCUGCAGCAGCCCACACACACAAAACUGGCGACGUGCCUGGUACAGUCGCAAGAGGAGUGGCAGCAGCUUCGGGAUUACUUGCCAACGGAUUUGCAGGCCUUGAUUUUGCUCUACACGGGCAACGUGGAAAACCAACUGGCAGUAAACACCAGCAGCUUACGGCCACUCAAUCAGCUAAGAACUCUCGAAAUCCGUGGAACCGGAGCCACUCUAAUCAUCGAUGAUCCGCUGGAGUUCUUGCAGCAUGCCAACUUUGAGCAUAUCAGGUUGCAGGCCAGCGAUCGGCUGCAACGUCCAAAGUUCUCCAAACUACCCAGUGAGGACUAUGAGUAUAAGCCGCCGAGUGAGCUCCUUCCACCCAGCGAAUACUCCACCAAGUACCCACUGCAAUUUGAGGAUGCCGCCUCUGAUAUUGUCACCUAUGAACAGCACAUGCAACGACUGAAGCAGACCAGGAUGCCCAGCUUUUUUGGAUGGGGCAGACUAGAAGUGCUGCGCAUUGUGGGCUGUAAGCUGGACAAACUGCACUGGCAAAUGUUCGAUGGACUAACCCAACUGAGGGACCUCAAUCUGGAGAGGAAUAGCAUUGAGGAGUUGCCCCCGUUCGCUUUCUCGGGAGCUCUGCACCUGAAGAGUCUCUCCUUAGCCCACAACGCCUUAAGGCGAUUGCAUUAUCUGGGUCUGGCUGGCUUACUCCAGCUGGAGACACUCAAUUUAGCUGAUAAUCGACUGGAGCGCCUAAGUGAAUUAAGUUUUCCGCCCUUGCCAAAGUUGCAGAAGGCAGAUCUGCGCAGUAAUCCUGUUAGAUACAUCCUUCCUGGCACGUUUUGGGUGAUGAACGAUACGAGGGAACUUCAAAUGGGCAGCGAUCAGGCGGCUUUGGAUCUGCGCACUUGGUUCAUUUAUGGACAAUUUGAUUCCCUUAACGAACUACGCACUCUAAUACUUGGCAAUGUUUCCACCGAAACGCUAGAACAGGGAGUGUUUAAGGGUCUUUAUAGCCUGGAGUUUCUUAAGCUGCGUGGGAAAAUCCACAGCAUACAGUUUGAUGUAUUUGCAGGCAUGGAACACCUCAGGGAACUGGACAUUAGUCAGUGUGGCGUUUCAGAACUGUCCAUGGAUGCAUUAAUGGGCGUGAAGCGACUGAAGUUUCUCAGCUUGAGCCAUAACAAUCUUACAAAUAUACCCCAUGGGUUGCUGGACGACCAGCAGAGGCUUGAGGAAGUCCAGCUGCAAGGAAAUCAGCUAAAAACACUGCCCACGAGUUUUUUUCGGCUGCCACUUGUCCGGGUGAUUCGUCUCGAUCAGAAUCCGUGGCAAUGCAGCUGCCAGAUGCAAUACUGGAAACCAUACUUAACCAAUGUGGUACGGGGGCCUAUUGUAAAGAGGUGUGUAAAAGACAUAAAUGGCGAUCCCCUCUCGUGCAGACACGAGGCCCCCUAUGAGACCGAUAGGAGUCUCGUCCCCCGCUGCUCAAACUACAAUGGACGCAGUGUCUACUACGUUCUCCGCAAGCAACUCCAUUGCGGCGACAUACAAAUCCUUCAGCCGCCAAGUCACAACAGGAUCGGAACAAGGGGGCUGCCGCUGCCCCACUGGCGGAAGGUCGAGCUGCAGGAGGAGCAAUUCAAGAAGGCUACGCCCAGGAAAAUAACACACAAGCCUACAAAGCAACGCAACACGCUGCAAUUUGUGCUAAGGCAACAGAAUCAGCAGCCCCACCCGGAGCCGCUCGAAUUGGAGAUUUCGAAUGAGAUUUAACCAUUUAAAUCAUACUCUAAGUUAGCUCUAAGUUUACUCCGAACUUGAAUAUAAUUGUAAUGUAAUGUAACCACA